AUGGUCUAUCGGGCAUAUGGGUAUGAGGAACCAGGUCUCAUAUGCGAAAUGGACUACUGGAACUUUGAACCACAAAAUAUCUUUGCGGAAACGGCACGGAAUUGCCACCUGGAACGUGCAAGGUUUAAUAUGCACGCAGGUAAACUGGAAAUUGUAGAAAAAGAAAUGGAGGAUUUCAACAUUAAUAUCCUGGGCCUCUCCAAAACUCAUUGGAAAGGUAGAAGACACUUUAGAAGCGCAUCUGGCAACAUCAUAUAUUUUUCAGGCCCAAAGGAGGAGAGUAAGAAAGGGGUGGCCCUAAUUAUUCCACCGAAAUACGAAAAGGCAGUUUUGGGAUACAGCAUUGUGAGUAAUAGAAUCAUUUAUUUAAGGAUGCGAAACGACCCCAACGUCCUCAACAUAAUACAGGUCCACGCUCCAACUUCAACGCCAGAUGACCAGGAUAUAGAAGACUUCUAUGGAGAACUGGAGGCAUCCAUUAGCCGAAUUCUUGAUCGGGAAGUUACAAUAAUCAUUGGUGAUUUGAAUGCCCAAAUAGGGAGAACCAAUUUAGACCACGAUAUGAGACAGAUCCUUGGAAGCUUCGGAUUGGGUGAGAGAAAUGAGCGGGGUGAGCAUCUCCUGGACUUCUGCCUCCAACACAGACUAACAGUGAUGAACACGUGGUUCAAACAUCACCCACGCAGACUGUACACAUGGAGAUCCCCGGGGGAUCGUACAAGAAACCAAAUUGAUUAUAUUCUAAUCAACAGACGAUGGAAAUCAUCGAUAACCAAUGUAAAAACAUAUCCGAGUGCUGAUUGUGGAAGUGACCACCAGCUACUAGCAAUGAAUCUUAGGCUGCGUCUGAGGAAUGCUCAGAAAACAACCGUAAAAUCGCCAAUCCUAAAUGAAUCUGCAAUGGAAUGCUUCAGAGAAAAGGUGGGUAAAGCGCUGACCACUACGAUUAUUAGAUCAAGUGACACCGUUGAAUCCUCUUGGCGAAGUAUAAAACAGGAAAUUAUACAUGCGGCGCAGCAAUAUCGCAACACUACAGGAAAUCCUAAGAAACCAUGGAUAAGGAAGGAAACGUGGGAGACUAUUAAGCAAAGGAAAGCUGUUAAGAUGAGAAAUGGUGCCCAAGACCAAUACACAAGAUUAUCCAAAGAAAUCAAACGCCAAUGCCGAAGAGACAAAGAAAGAUACAUACUGGACAUAUGCAAGGAAAUCGAAUCCCACGGAAAUCGUAAUGAGUCACGUGAUCUAUAUACCAAAGUGAAGCUUCUAGCUCAAGAAUUCAAACCCAAAAAUUGGGCAAUCCAAAACGAACUAGGGGAAACCAUAAACGAGCAAAUCCUGGAGGUGUAG